AUGGCGAAGUGGCAAUACGGUCGACCGACUGAAAAGUUUUCCUGGUUCAGGCACCCGAUCGAUUACUUUCCCGAUCUCGGCCCUCUCUUCGUCAACGUCCUCCCCCUUUGCGAUCGUUCCUUCCUCCACAUUCGCGCGAGGUAUCGGCGGCCCGCCUCGCUCGUUCUUUCCUCGAGUUCCUCAAGUCCCCCCCAGCUCACACCUUCCGUGAGCAUCCUGCAACGCCGACGCGCAGACACGACCUCUCAGGCCUCGUCGAUUCCCCCAGUGGAGUUUCCCAUACUCCACACUGCCUCUCCUACGGUGUCCUACGGUUGGCACGUCAUUGAGGAAUUCUUCCCCCCUGGUCGGCCAGGGUCUCUGCGAGAGGGCGGAGCCUCUCAUUCCAGAACACGGACCCAUCUCAUCAUCCAGAAUUCCGAAGAUGAUGGCGAUGCGGGUCUGAAUCCUUCCAAUCCAUCUGCUAUCGAAGAUUUGACCUUGGGCAAUGUGAAGGUAGUCAUUCCAUCAGCAAAGGAUGAAUCACCGAGUGACUCUUCCGGGGGCUCUUCGGGCAUCCGGUCUGCCGACGGGAACACGGGUUACAGUACUCCUGCGACCAGUGUCGAAGCUUCCACAGAGGCUAGUACCAUGCGGCCUCGGGCACGGGUCAAUGCAUCGGAGCGCGCCUCGAGACUCCGCGCGAGCACUACCAUGACUCGACGAGCCUCUUUGCGAAGCCAUCGCAACACUAAGAGAUCCGCUGCUGUUGCACUGUCAGAAGAUGAAACGAACCUGGCAACAUCUGAUGCUGCCUUAGCCCAUGCCCUCCAGAUGGAGGAGUAUGAGCAACCGCUGCUUAAGAAACGGAAGACCCUGGCUCCAAAGGCUCGCGGGCCCUCACAAGCACGAACACGCCAGGAGAUCGUUUUUGACGAUGCAACCGAUAGCAGCCUGUCUGAUAGUAGCUCUCCACUUAGCAUGAUCCCUGAUUCAGAGGAGGAUAUCCCUUCGGACUACGAUUUUGAAACUGAGUCUGAGUCUGAGGCCCAACAGGAAGGAGAAACAGAAAUUGCUGGUGAAGACGAGGAUGAGUUGCCCCUGAGUUGGGAAGAGCAGCGCAAAGCACGGCGAAUGUUCGCUGACCGAAAGAAGCUGGAGAAAAAGCACCCCGCUAUCGUUACGAUGUGGGAAACGCUGAAAGAGACACCCACUAUUCCUCCAAAGGCUGCUCAGCAGCCAGAUUCCAUCACUCGCAUGCUUAAGCCAUUCCAAUUGGAAGGUUUGAACUGGAUGAUGGAGCAAGAAAAGACCGAUUACCGAGGUGGCCUUCUUGGUGAUGAGAUGGGCAUGGGGAAGACCAUCCAAGCGGUUUCGCUUAUCAUGUCCGAUUUUCCUCAGCCUGAGCCGACACUUGUCAUUGUACCACCUGUUGCUCUGAUGCAGUGGGUUUCUGAGAUCAAGGAAUACACUAAUGGCAAAUUAAAAGUUUGCGUGUACCACAAUUCAGAUUCGAAGGUCAAGAGGCUCUCGCGAGCGGAACUGCGAAAAUAUAAUGUGAUCAUGAUAUCCUACUCGAGUCUAGAGUCUAUGCAUCGAAAGCAGGAGAAGGGUUGGUCUCGUAGUGGUGGAACCGUGAAAGAAGACAGCGUGAUACAUUCCAUCAAUUACCACCGGCUCAUUCUCGACGAAGCGCAUAGUAUCAAGCAACGGACUACGGGUGUGGCUAAGGCUUGCUUCGCCUUGAAGGCUUCAUACAAAUGGUGUCUAUCUGGCACUCCUGUACAAAACCGCAUUGGAGAGUUCUUCUCUCUCUUGCGCUUUUUGCAAGUGAAGCCCUUUGCCUGCUACUUCUGCAAGCAGUGCACUUGCGAGCAGCUCCAGUGGACUGCGAAUAAGCAGGGUCGUUGCACAGAAUGUGGACAUACGUAUGUUGGCGACGAUCCGAUCAUUUAUACGCAGAUUUAUCUGUUUGGGCAGUUUUUUCCUGACUUUCUUAGGGGCUUCAAUCAUAUCUCGAUUUUCAACAAAGAGAUCCUCAACCCAAUCACGGAGGGGAAAAAUCUAUCAGAGCGCAAGGAAGGUUUGUCAAAGCUUCGGCUGAUUACCGACCAUAUUAUGCUUCGACGAAUGAAGGAAGAGCACACCUCUUCCCUCGAACUUCCACCAAAACGUAUCACCCUGCACAAUGAAUUUUUCGGCGAGAUCGAGCAUGAUUUUUCUCGCAGUAUCAUGACCAACUCCUCGCGCCAGUUUGACACCUAUGUCAGCCGUGGUGUUAUGCUGAACAACUAUGCCAACAUUUUUGGGUUGAUUAUGCAGAUGCGUCAAGUGGCGAAUCACCCAGAUUUGAUCCUGAAGAAACAUGUACAGCCCGGAUUCAAUAUUCUGGUAUGCCGUGUUUGCGACGAGCCUGCUGAAGAUGCAAUCCGGUCCCGCUGCCGCCAUGAAUUCUGCCGCAAAUGUGCCAAGGACUACAUUCAGUCCUUUGACGAUGCGUCAAUGGUAGACUGCCCCCAGUGCCAUAUUCCUCUCUCGAUUGACUUAGAGCAACCUACCAUCGAGCAGUCCGGGGAAUCCGUCAAAAAGAAUUCGAUCAUCAACCGAAUCCUGAUGGCAGACUGGACCUCCUCGACCAAGAUCGAAACGCUUCUCUACGAACUCUACCAGCAGCGCAGUAAGAGCCAUACCCCCAAGUCGAUCAUUUUCUCGCAGUUCACAUCCAUGCUGCAACUCGUGGAAUGGCGACUGCGUCAUGCAGGGUUCAAUACGGUCAUGCUCGAUGGUACGAUGACGCCAGCGCAGCGGCAGAAAUCUAUCGAGCAUUUCAUGAACAAUGCCGACGUGGAGGUGUUCCUGGUGUCGUUGAAAGCCGGAGGUGUGGCACUGAAUUUGACCGAGGCUUCUCGAGUGUUUAUCGUGGAUCCGUGGUGGAACCCCGCCGCCGAAUGGCAAAGCGCUGAUCGCAGUCACCGUAUUGGCCAGCAACGGCCGUGUGUGGUCACCCGUCUCACCAUCGAAGAUUCGGUGGAGUCCCGGAUCGUACAGCUCCAGGAGAAGAAAGCGAAUCUGAUUAGGGGCACAAUUAACAAGGACCAGGACAAGGCGCUGGAGAAACUCACCCCCGAAGACAUGCAGUUCCUUUUCCGCGGCUCGUAG